CCCGUAUCUUAAGCCGCAUCUCGUAGGCUAUUAAGGCGUAACGAAGACGACGAAGAAGAAGAAGAAGAAAGAAGCGGCAGCAGCAGCAGCAAGAGGAGACGAAGAAGGAAACGAAGAAGGAGAAAUGGAGGAAUUGAAGAAGAGGAAGCUGGAAGAGAGCAAUGGUGAAGUAUCACUGUCAAUGCCUUCAGAAGAACACUUGCGAUCACUGCUUGACCCCCUCGCGAAAUCUCAGUUGGCGGAUCUUCUUGCCAAGCUAGGGUCCAAAAAUCCUUCAAUUGCAGAAGAAAUUAAAAGUCUUGCCAGUGCUGAUCCAGCCCAUCGAAAGCUUUUUGUCCGUGGCUUGUCCUGGAGUACUACAUCAGAAACCUUGUGUGCUGCAUUUCUAGAGCAUGGAGAAAUUGAAGAAGGAGCUGUGAUCAUUGACAAAGCAACCGGAAAAUCACGUGGCUAUGGUUUUAUUACCUUCAAACAUAUGGAGUCAACUCAGAGUGCACUGAGAGCACCUAGCAAACUGAUUGAUGGCCGCAUGGCUGUCUGCAACCUAGCUUGCGAGGGCUUGAGCGGGGCAAGUACCACGCCUGAUCUAUCUCAGAGGAAGCUUUACAUUGGAGGUUUGUCGCCAAAUGUCACGAGUGAGAUGCUGCUCAAUUAUUUCGGAAGGCAUGGCGAUAUAGAAGAAGGUUCAGUUGCAUAUGACAAAGAUACAAAUGAAUCACGUGGCUUUGGCUUUGUUACGUACAAAACAGUGGAGGCUACAAAGAAGGCCAUGGAUGAUCCACAUAAGAUCCUUGGGGGACGGAGCAUCAUCGUGAAGCUUGCUGAUUCCCACAGGGGUAAAAUCAUACAGGCACAGGUACCAGCAGCUAUGAUUCCAAUGGCCUUACCUGUGGCAGCUGGAUACCCGCCACCACCACCUGGAAAUGCGCAUCCCAGCACAGCCCCUGUUGGCUACACUUAUCCUCAAGCUGCGGCGGCACACUCUUCUGCUGCUUACCCAAGUCCACCCACUGCACCCUUGCCCUACCCAGCACAACCUCAGAAUUCAUAUGCUUCAGUUGCUGUAAAGAAAGACCCGCUUGGACUCUCAUCCCCUGCACCCCUGGGAAUGGGUGGCUACCCAUAUUACUUUGCCAAACAAUGAGUGGACCGUGAUUACUGCGAAAAAAGAACUACCAAUGGGAAUGAGAAUGGGCAGUGCAAGCUUUCAGGGCAGAGGAAGGUGUAGUUUUGAUACUAGAGAUGUUAUUGGUAGAAUCUGUAUUUCAGGUAUCUAGUUCUUUUAUUCUACAAGAAUGGAACAUGUCCGAAAACAAUGUUGGGGAAUGUUUCUCCUUGAUAGUUCUUUAAGUUUGAAAACAAAGUUUUCUUUUCCAGAUCAGAAGUUGGAAAUAGUGAUUAAUUGUAACAAUUAAGUGAUCUAUGCCAACUAUCUCAUACUUUCUCCCCAAAUAAGAUCUCAUCAUGGUAUAGAUUACAAGAAA